GAUGUGUUGUCCACCUCUCUCUCUUUUCCCCUUCUCCUCACCGCAAAGCAAACCCUCCUCUCCCCGCCGACUAGUCAAUAGUAAGUAGAUCUCAUCUCCGAUCCGAUCCGAUCCAGCCGGCGAUCCCGCGCGGCGCGGCGGAGGGCGGGAUCGAUCUCAGCCAUGGACUCUUCUUCCUCGUCGACGGCGUCGUCUUCCCAGGCGCAGGCGCAGCCGGACUUCGACUACCUGUUCAAGCUCCUCCUCAUCGGCGACUCCGGCGUGGGGAAGAGCAGCCUGCUCCUCCGAUUCACAUCGGACUCCUUCGAGGACCUAUCCCCGACCAUCGGCGUCGACUUCAAGGUGAAGAUGGUCAACAUUGCCGGCAAGAAGCUCAAGCUCGCCGUCUGGGACACCGCUGGACAGGAACGAUUUAGGACCUUGACCAGCUCUUACUACAGAGGGGCACAAGGGAUCAUCAUGGUGUACGAUGUUACUCGCCGAGAAACAUUCACGAAUCUCUCUGACAUAUGGGCCAAGGAAAUUGACCUGUAUUCGACAAACCAGGACUGUAUAAAGAUGCUUGUCGGAAACAAAGUGGACAAGGAAAGUGAGAGGGCUGUCACCAAGAAGGAAGGCAUUGACUUUGCCAGGGAGUAUGGGUGUUUAUUUCUGGAAUGCAGUGCGAAAACCAAAGUGAACGUGGAGCAGUGCUUUGAGGAGCUCGUGCUGAAGAUAUUGGACACUCCGAGCCUGCUGGCGGAUGCGUCGUCGGGGGCGAAGAGGAACAUCUUCAAGCAGAAGGCGCCAGAGGCUGAUGCUGCGGCGAGCGGCUGCUGUUGAUUUCAUUCACGCACGCUAAUCCCGGGCAUCUAUCUAUGAUCUAUCUUUAUCUUUGUGGAGGAUGGAUGAAAACGUUUGUUGUUUGACGAAGUGACAUCUAAGCAGCUCGUUUGUGUCGUUUUCUUUUGCUUGUGUUGCUGUAUAUGAUAUGAAUCAGUGGGUCAGUUGAUGCUCCUCAUGUUGAAUCAUCACAAAACAAAACAGAGUACCUUGGCAGCUAUAUAAUGUACGUAUUAUUAAGCUUAAGCUCUAUAGAUUUACUCACGAGGAAUUAA